AAGUCCCGGGCGGGCGCUAAGCCAUGAGAAAGCAGCAAUGUGACAACCCAAGAUACGACACGACCAUCGAGAUCAAGCCGCUGAACGGUCCCCGGCCACCGCCACCACAGCUGGGCGGAACCCCCAAGAUGAGCGAUGGUACAAUCGGCCGUUUCGGAACGAUGACACUCGGUCGGGCUGGGUCCUUGCCAGGGUCAUUUGGCGGGCGGCCGGCAGAGAACAGGACACGGUCUUACUACCGCUCCAACUGGGACUCAGACGAGAGUAUCGACCCUACGAUAGAACUGACAUGCCUGCAGUUGGAGGACACCAAAAAGAGGAUGGACGCGGCAAAGAGCAAACAUAAAAGCAGGAAUCAUCUCGGACCCACGGCCAGAAGGCGAUGGAAAAUAGCCUGCACCAUUCUGACCUGGGUGGUUCUACUAUCCCUAACGGCGUUCACAGCUUGGCUUUAUCUAAGAGUGGAGAACCUAAGGACAGAAAAGGGUCAACUUCAAUCCAAGGUCGUCACUGAUGCGAAGACUAUGGUAAACCUCCAAAUAAGAACUAAUAGAUUGUCGGACCAGAAAGACGAACUCGCGAAACGAGUAACGGACGGGAUCUGUGAGAUAGAAAAGCUCCAGAACGCGACCAAGCUGUUGAAGACGCAGUUGGACAGUGUCUCUAGUCAGCUCAAUGUUCAAGAUGACAGACUAAGGAUGGUGCAGGACCGACUCAGCUUCAUAGGAGGAUGUUACGACUGUGUAGUAAGAGACUGUUCCGAUGUGCGAACACGUAACGUACUCAGUGGGAUUUACCCAAUAUGGCCUAAGAACUUCACCAACGCCUUAUAUGUUUACUGUGACAUGGGCCCGGUGGGAGGCGGCUGGACUGUUCUGCAGCGGCGACUGGACGGAAGCGUCAAUUUCUAUAGAAAUUGGACGGAAUACAAGAAAGGGUUCGGCGAUCUUGGUGGAGAGUUUUGGCUAGGUAUGGACGCGAUCUACCUGUUAUUGAGCCAGAACACUUACCGCCUUCGUGUAGACAUGGAAGAUUGGGAAGGAAACCAGGCGUACGCCGAAUAUAGCUCAUUCCAGUUGGAUACAGAACAGAACAACUACCGGAUACGACUGGGCACGUUUUCUGGAAAUGCCGGAGACUCUAUUGCCGGUACGAACGCCACUGUGGAUUUUUUCACCAGAAAUCUUAACAACAUGCGGUUCAGCACUAGGGACAGGGACAACGACGGGUCUUUAAAGAAUUGCGCGCUACUGUAUAAGGGCGGCUGGUGGUACAACGACUGCUACAACGCUAAUCUAAACGGGAAAUACUAUCGAGGAGGGAACUACACCGACGCGUUGCAAGACGGUAUUGCGUGGUCCACGUGGAAAGGCUGGCAAUACUCACUGAAAGGCGUGAGUAUGAAGAUACGGCCCGUAAACUUUGUGCCAUAA